AUGGCUCCUAGCACAAACGGCAUCAAGACUAAUGGCGCUCCGACCGAGAGCUUCGGCAACUUUGACCUGGUCAAGCGUCUGAAGCUAGAUAGUUCCGACAUUGUUUUAUCCAAGUGGAAGAGCAGGGUUACUGGGCUGUCUAUAGUACAUCUUGACUACGAUGCCCCCAUCGUGAACGGAUAUUUCGUGAUUGCAACUGAGAUUUUCGAUGACAGUGGAUGUCCUCAUACGCUAGAACACUUGGUUUUCAUGGGCUCCGAGAAAUACCCCUACAAGGGUAUCAUAGACCACCUAGCAAACCGCGGCUUCUCGAACGGAACAAACGCCUGGACCGACACCGAUCACACUGCAUAUACGGUCUCCACUGCAGGAGAGCAAGGAUUUUUACAGCUGCUUCCAAUAUACGUAGACCACAUCCUAUACCCGACCCUCACGAAGGCGGGCUUCAUCACCGAGGUCCAUCAUAUAGACGGGAAAGGACAAGAUUCUGGGGUUGUCUACAGCGAGAUGCAGGGCCGCGAAAACACGUCGGGGGAUCUCAUGGCUCUCCAGAUGCAGCGUCUGUUGAAUCCUCCGGGAAGCGCCUACCGAAGCGAGACCGGCGGUCUCAUGGAGGCUCUUCGUAAGCUCAAGGUCGAGCAAAUCAGGGACUACCACCACAAGUACUAUGUGCCACAUAACCUCUCGCUUAUUGUUGCCGGCAAGCUGGCUUCGGGCACCAUAUCCCUGCUGAAUGUCGUUCAGACCCAAGUUGAACCGUCGCUAGUUGCGCACGAACAAAAGCACGGUCCACGGCCUCAGGGCUGGAAGAGGCCAUUCUUGGAGACAGCCAGUGCCCGCAGAGGCCCUAUCAAAGAGACCGUCAAGGAUACAGUUGAGUUUCCGGAGAAGGACGAGAGUCAAGGUGAUGUUCACAUUGGGUUCAUGGGCCCACCACCCAACGCGUUCCUCGAGCGCAAGGCACUGGACAUUCUCGGUACCUAUUUGACGUCGUCCCCUGUUGCUCCUCUCACCAAGGAGUUUGUGGAGAUCGAGUCACCCCUGUGCACGUAUAUCUAUUUCGGCGAGGACACGCGCGCGACGUAUGUCGAUCUGCCCGUAUACGUCGGUUCAGUCCCUGUGGAGUACAUCGAUACCUUCGACGAGAAGCUGAAGGCUAGCCUGCAACGGGUCGUAGAUGAGGGCAUCGAUAUGAAACGCAUGGCCAUGGUCAUUAACCGUGACGAACGACAGCUUCGAAGCAAGGUUGAGACUUCCAAGGGUGACACGUUCUCUGGUACUGUGAUUACCGACUUCCUCUACGGCGCGGAAGACGGCUCCGAGCUUGGACCAUCUCUGGACGAAUUUGCACAGUUCGCGGAGCUUCGUGCAUGGACUAGCAAGCAAUGGACGGACGUACUAAAGAAGUACUACGUGGAUCCCCCUCGCAUUGUCAUCCGCGGCAAGCCUUCUGGUGCAAUGGCAGAUAAACUCGAGCAAGAUGAGAAGAAGCGCAUCGCAGAACAAAAGGAGCACCUAGGACCCGAUGGACUGGCCGAGGCAGCGAAGGAGCUCGAGGGCGCCAAAAAGGAACAUGAGGCAGAGAUUCCGAAAGACAUCUUGACCUCGUUCCCUGUUCCCGAUGUCAAGAGCAUAUCGUGGAUUCCGGUGCAGAGUGUGCAGGAGGUGGGCGUGGGUAAGGGCCGCAAGCGGAUUGUGCAUCCUACUGGCAAUGCCGAACUAUUGAAACACAUUGAGAGCGAUGGGCAGACACUGCCAUUCUUCGUCCAGUAUGACCAUGUCCAGUCAGAAUUUGUGACGAUCAGUGCCUACUUCUCUCUCACAAACAUCCCCAAUCGUCUACGACCGCAUAUAACGACGUACCUUGCUUCAUUCUUUUCGCUCCCCGUGAAGAGGGGCAAUGGACAGAAGCUGACUCACGAACAGGUGGUCAAUCAGCUCGACAACGAGACAGUAUCGUAUGAGAUUGGUCUUGGCAUAGGAAGUGCCUUUAGUGAGACAAUUCGUGUCUCGCUGAAAGUCGAGACAGAGAUGUACGAGAGCGCAAUAGCUUGGUUGAAAGACCUCAUCUAUGGCAGUGAGUUCGACAAGGACAGAUUACAAGUCACUAUCGCCAAGGUUCAGCAAUCGCUGCCGGAGAUGAAGCGGGAUGGAGACACUGUUCUGUCGUCUGUCUCAACCGACCUGCUGUACAGUAGCAAGUCUACUUCCAAGCACGGAACGGUCCUGCCACAGAUUGAGUUUAAUCCAAAGCUCGCACAGCAGCUCCAGGAGUCGCCACAAGACGUCAUCAAGGACUUCGAAGAGAUCAGAAAGUAUCUGACACAGCCUUCUGGUGUGCGGUUCUCCGUCACCGGUAGCGUUCUGGAUCUCAAGCAACCAAGAAGCACGUGGGGAAAGUACUUUGGGGAGCACCUGCCUGCGACCGAGCUUGCGCCUCUGACUUUAGCUGUCGACACUCUCAGCGCCGUCGGAAAGAACCCGGUCAAACAAGCCACCGUUGUCAGUCUACCUACAAUUGAGAGCUCCUAUGUAUCACACACGGCAAAAGGGAUUCAAGGCUUCGCACAUCCGGAGUACCCCGCGCUACGAGUCGCAUCAGAAUUACUCAACGCCACCGAGAGCUUCCUCUGGCGUUACAUUCGUGGUUCGGGCCUCGCUUAUAGUGCCUAUGUUUCCAUCGAUCUCGAAGCUGGCCUUGUUAGCUUUGGUCUGUACCGCAGUUCGAAUAGUCUGAAGGCUUUUGAACAAGCAAGAACCGUCAUGGAAGGUCUUGUUGAUGGCACAAUACCAUUUGAUAACACCGCGCUUGACGCCGCAAAGAGCAGUAUCGUGUAUGGCGUCACAAAGGGCGUCUCAACUCCCGGUCGCGCGGCAACGAGUUCCUUCUUGAACCAAGCGUUCAAGGGGUUACCCCAGAAUUAUAACGUGGAGCUUCUCGAGAAGUUCCGAGCUGUGACAAAGGAUGAAGUACUUCACGCAUUGAAGACACGGUUCUUACCGCUCUUCCAUCCUUCAUCCUCGAUUGCAGUGGUUGUCACUGCGCCAUCUAAGGCCAGCGAGAUUAGCGAGGGACUGACGGCGAUCGGUUUCGAUGUCAGCCAAAUGACUCUUGAGGCCGAUGCUGAUGAGGAUGGUGAGUCGGACGACGGCAGCGAGAGUGAUAGUGACGAGAGCAGUAGCGAUGGUAGAAGUAAUUAG